GCUCCACAAUGAAUCUGCAUAUCACAGACUCAUGUAUGAGAGUAGCUUAAUUGUACGCGUUCUUUGAGAUUGUAGACCGCUUUGCGUAUAUAACCGAUGCGCGGUCGAUCUUCUCCCUCAAACGUCGCUUAAGAGUCCGAGCAGGAGCUAGGAAGUGUAUCGCAAACAGGAUAUCCACGACAGGAGAAAAGAAGACUACACGAUGAGAUUGAUGUUGACGUUAUUUUUACUAACUGUCUUGCUGAGUUUGAGCACGGCUCGAGUUGGACAGAGCACAAAUGUUUUGUCAGAUUCCACCGUUCGAACAAUCGACGAACCUGAUUGCGCACAAUCACACAAAUCUCGGGAUAAUAGCAGGAGCAUUAAGCGCUUGCAGAUUCGCAGUCAAACUGAAUUAAACGGUAAGGUGCAAAGAAUUCAUUCGGGAUCCGACGAGGAAGAUAAACCUGGUAUUCGCGCAUAUGGCUUGCCGAGAAAAAGCUUACAAGAUAAUGGUAUUAUCAAGAGAGUGAAUCUUGGAGAAGAUGAGAUCGAUGAUGCCUCAAAAAAUGGCCGAUUGGUGGAGGCCUACGGGAUACCGAAGAAUAAUAUGGAGACCAAUGGCUUUAUCGAAAAACUACCGUUUCCAAGCGCAGGUCGUCGGCCUGCCAUAUUGGGGUCACAACGCGAAAACGUCGUAAGAUUAAGAGUAAGGAGAUCCGUUCGCACGGGAUCGGAGAACAAAGUCGAAGAAAAGAUCGUCAGCGAAGCAGAGGAUAUGGAAGCACAGGACGCGAAGGUCUUUAGGCCUCUAUUUGUCUACAGACAACAAGUAGCCGCCAGAGAAAGACGGAAGCACCCAAGAAACGCAGCGCACAGAAAUCAUUGGCACGCGAUUCAUCAACCUUGCAAUCAUUGAUAAAUAGCCUAUUGAUUUUACCCAGGAGAAUAUAAACAUGACAUGUUCUUUAUUUUGUAGAAGUUAAGCUAGACUUGCACUAGAUUUCCUAGAUAUAAUGCAAGACAGUGUGUCUUUAUAUAAAAUAUUUUUAUUACAAAAUCUACAUAUUAAUUUUUCAAAAAAAUUUAGAUUUAGCUUUAUGUAUUGUUAAGCUUAUAUAUCAUCAACUAUACUUAAAUAGUCGCUUUAAUUACAAAUUGUUAUCCAUUGUUAGAAUAAUAAGAUGGCACAUAUUUUUUAAAAAACGAAUUUUGCAAUUAAUACAUUUCGCAUCUAAACAUGUGGUUGGAACUAUGAUUUUGUUCUUUGAUUUAAAUGAUGUUUAUUUACGCGAUUAUAAGAAUUAAAAUAAUUAGAUUGUUUUAUAUUUGAUUAGAAAAAAAUAAGUUAUAUAUUUGCCAAAAAAUAUCUAUUAACGUCAAAAUUAGAAUCAUGCAAAAUUAUAAAUUUUGAUGUUCAGCCAUUGCUAAUAAAUUUGUACAAUGUUUGACAGCAUUUGACAGUUGUGUAAUAAAUGGACAACAAAUCGCACGUGUUAUAA